AGUAGUGACUGAUAAUUAUAAAUGAAGCAAUACUGCAAGACUGUUUUGCAUCAUAUUUCUUGGAUGAAAUUCAAACAUUUAUAUUCUGUAAAAGUGGGUAUAAUCCCUACCAAUCUGCUUACAUGUGUAGAUCAUUGCGUUACUGUGUAAGCCAUUGUCUGUAUGCAGCAAUGACAAGUCUGGAAGAAGCAAAUCGUGAAGUGAACAUGCAUUCCUCUGUCCGCUACCUCGGCUAUUUGGCCAGAAUGAAUUUGUUGGCGGCGAUAUGUAUGGGUCUUUAUGUCAGGUGGGAAAAAACUGCAGAUGCACUAAUACUCAUAAUUUUUAUCCUUGGAUUAUUUGUUCUUGGAAUUGCAAGUAUACUUUAUUACUAUUUUUCAAUGGAAGCAGCAAGUUUAAGUCUCUCUAAUCUUUGGUUUGGAUUUUUACUUGGCCUUCUUUGUUUCCUGGAUAAUAAUUCUUUUAAAAAUGAUGUAAAGGAAGAAGCAACAAAAUAUUUACUUCUUUCCUCCAUAAUUAUAAGAAUAUUAUAUGCUUUGGUGCAGAGAAUAUGUGGCUGUGUUCAUCAUCGGCCCAUUUUACUAACAACAGUUGAAGUACUUGAGCUGGUUGGAUUUGCAAUUGCCAGUACAACUAUGUUGGUAGAGAAAUCCAUGAGUAUUAUUCUAUUGAUUGUGGCUUUAGCAAUGCUGAUUAUUGAUUUGAGGAUGAAAUCAUUUUUGGCAAUUCCAAAUUUAGUAAUUUUUGGAGUCCUUGCCUCUUUGUUAUUUUUUCCAUCCUUGCAUAUACCAACAAAUCCAUUUCCCUUGGGAUAUUUUUUUAGUUGCCUAAUAGCUGAUCCCCUUCUUGAUGUUUACUUCAGUGGACUUUCAGUUACAGAACGUUGGAAACCUUAUUUAUAUCGUGGUCGAAUUUGCCGAAGAUUCUCAGUCAUUUUUGUUGGACUUAUUGAACUGAUUUUUUUCAUCCUCUCAGCACUUAAACUAGGUGAUUUGGAUCUCUGGUACUUUGUAAUACCAGGCUUUUCCAUUUUUGGCAUUUUCUGGAUCAUCUGUCACAUCAUUUUUCUUAUAACUCUCUGGGGAUUUCAUACAAAACUUAAUGACUGUCACAAAAUAUAUUACUCACACAGAGCAGAGAACAAUAGCCUUGACAGAGUAAUGGCAUCUAAAGGAAUGCGCCAUUUUUGUUUAAUUUCAGAGCAACUUGUCUUUUUCAGCCUUCUUGCAACAGCAGUUUUGGGUACAGUAUGUUGGCAGAAAUCCAAUGGAAUCUUCAUGAGUGUUUUUUUUAUUGUCUUAUCCGUUGAAUCUAUGGCUCAUGGGUUGUUUCAUGAACUAGGAAGUUGUUUGGGAGGCACAUGUGUUGGCUAUGCAGUUGUGAUCCCUACCAAUUUUUGCAGUCCUGAUGGCCAACCAACAUUGCUUCCACCUGAGCAUGUGCAAGAGCUAAAUUUGAGGUCAACAGGCAUGCUUAAUGCUAUCCAAAGGUUUUUUGUAUAUCAUAUGAUUGAGACCUAUGGCUGUGAUUAUUCCACAAGCGGACUUUCAUUUGACACAUUACAUUCUAAACUAAAGUCAUUUCUUGAACUUCGGACAUCAGAUGGACCUAGGCAUGAUACUUAUAUAUUAUACUAUAGUGGACAUUCUCACAGCUCUGGGGAGUGGGCACUAGCAGGUGGAGAUUCAUUACAGCUUGACACGCUUUUAGACUGGUGGAGAGACAAGAAUGGCUCCUUUUGUUCACGGCUUAUUAUAGUCUUAGACUGUGAGAAUGCUCAGCCUUGGGUUAAAGAAGUCAGAAAAGUCAGUGACUUGUAUAUCGCAGUGCAAGGAGCAGAACUGGCUAAAGUAGUAGACAUAGAAGAAUCAGACCCUCCCCAUCUUGGUGAUUUCACCCAAGAUUGGGUUGAAUACAAUUGUAAUUCUAAUCACAAUAUCAGCUGGCUUGAAAAGGGGCGUACUGUGAAAGCUGUGUAUGGAGUGUCAAAAGGGUGGAGUGACUACACUUUACAUUUGCCAACUGAAAAUGAUGUUGCCAAGCACUGGAUGAUGUAUUUUCCCCGCAUCACAUACCCAUUGGUUCAUCUUGCAAGCUGGUUUUGUGGGCUUAAUCUCUUCUGGAUUUGCAAAAUUUGUUUUAGGUGCUUAAAACGAUUAAAAAUGAGUUGGUUUCUUCCUACAGUAUUGGAUACAGGACAAGGCUUUAAACUCAUCAGAUCUUAACCUAAGAACCAGAAAUGAGAGCUCUUACAACUUGAAACAGGAUUGACUUAUAAUUUUUUAUUUGUUACAUUUUACUUUUUGAAGAAAUGUUGUUACCUAUGUAGCCAUACUCCUUUUUGUAUUUUCUUGAGCAAAUGCAAGAUUUCAGAAAAAUAAGAAACUCCAUUUGAAAACAAAAACAGCAUAGAUGUUAAGUGAAAUUUGUAACCAAAUUGGAUUUGAAUUCCAUAAGAGCCAUUAAAUGUGACCAUGGAUUUGAGAGACAGCUUUGUGUGCUUUUUGCAUUGCAGCUGUCUGAUAUAAAUUUGUCAAAUUUCACACUUACUAAACACUCUGUUCUACACAUUCCAUAGGGCAAAUAUAUCUGUUUCAAUCCUAGGUCACUGGAAGAGAGAUUAUUGAAUUGUGAUCACCUUUUGUUUUGAAGGGUUUCAAAACAUAAAGCAGCAAAGAACUAAAAUAAAUCAAGUUAUGCCAGCUAGAUAGCUGUAAUUUAAUUCAUGUUGGCACUUUAAUUGAACUAAAAUGAAUGUUUUGUCUUGGAAAUGAUGCUGAAAUUAAUUUUUGAAUAUUUCAAGCCUUAAUUAACACAUCAUAAAUAAACUCAGCAAAGCUAAACUCAACAAGGUUAAACUGAUAUUUUUCUCUGAUUUUCAGUGGAGAAAGCAAAGCAUCUUUUUAUUAUAUUUUUUCUUCACACUGAAACACAUUGAUUUUAGUUUAAAAAAUACAUUCUUAAGCUGCAGAAUCUUUUUCUUUGUAACUUUUUCUUUGAGUAGUAACUAAAAUGCAUAUAUGAAAAAACAAGGUAUCUUCAGUUCAUUUUUUUUGCUGGUCAAUUUUUAGUUGUAACUAUUCACUGAAUAUUAAUGAUUCAUGCAACAGUUUUAGAACUAUAAAAUUAAGAUAAAGUAUCCCCACAAACCCAUUUAAUGUUUCUAAUUAUGGGAGUUAAAUGGCUUAUUUUCACCUCUCUUUUACCUUAUAAAAUGUACAGCACAAUGAAAGCAUAUAGACUAAGAUAAAGCUGGCAUUAUCUGGAAAUAAUAUGAUAUAAUCUGCAUUCUUACUUUAACUUUUUAAAUGGAAAUCUGUUUUGUAAUUAUUGAUUACAGUGUUUUACUUCAUACUUUUGUCAAGCACUAUAAAAAUAGAUUCGCAGUGCAUUAAGUGCCACUCCUAUAUUUAUCCAAAUUACUAUCAGUUACUACAGAAUUUUAAUUUAAAAUGUGCAUUAAUAGUAACAAUACAGCUAAAACCUUACUAAUUGUACUUUUCUUACUUAAGCUAUUUUUCUGUUUAACAGUUCAUAGUUUGACAGAUUCAGGAACUGGGAAAAAUUCUUUCUCUUGCCUAUUCCACUCAACAGCAAUGGUCUGCAAAGACCAAGGCCCCUAAAGAAACCACUUGCCAAGAGACAACAUUUAGAGUUAUAAAUAAGAUUAACUCCAUGUUUUUUGGCCAAUAAUAACAAAUUAAGCAUUCUAUGAUGAUUGAAUCAAGAUGAGAGUCUAACUAAAAAUCAGGAUUUUUUUUCUAAAACAAGUUCUGUGCAUCCUUUGCCAAGAGAUGCCAGAAUGAAAAUAACCCAGUUAUUAAAUAACCCAUGUUUUAUAAAUAAUAUGAGAGAGGUAAUUAGGCCUAAAUGAGAUCAGAGUACUUUUGUCCUAAAGUGCAGUUUCAGCCAAAAAAAAAUAUC